GUCCCAAGAUGCAGUUCCACACUUCCGGGCGGGCUGUCUGGUUACAGUCUCUAAGCGGGUUUAGGGACUCAGGCUCACUAAAGUUUUUUGGCUUUGUUGCAAAAGAAGGUCAAAGUUUGAUUUUUCUCCAGUGAACAAGCUUACAGAUUAAGAUUUAUGUCACUCCAGGAAGUAAACAAACAUGCAGUUCUUCCUCCCAUCAUUAGUAGAAGUGACAAGGAGUUUUUGGAAAGCAUACAAAGAUACAUAAUUACAGAAACCAAGAGAGUGGGCUGCAACGAGGAAGGACCUGCUGACGAGUAUUUCACCAUAUACCGAAAUGUUUUCGACAAGGUAAUAGACUAUGUCAAUUCAUACAAGUCCGUUCUUACUUCAAUCAAAAAAGAAUACGAUGCUUUUAUUGAGACAAUAAAGAAAGGCCGAAGAACUGCUUUUUAUCUUCAUGGGAAACUUAAAGUCUUGGCAGCAGAGCCCACAGCACUAGUGUAUCACCAGAGAAGAGCCAUCCAACUUGAAGCAAAAGUGAGGAUUAUUGAAAAUAAUUCCAAAGAGAUUCAGUCGCAAAUAGACGAGAUGAGACAGCUGAGGGCAGAGUAUGACAAGAAAGAAGUGAAGCUCUGUGCUUCCACCAGGCAGCUCUGGAGACCCAUCCCAGGGAUGACUCUUCAAGAUUCUGUCAAUCUGGAUGCUCUCAAUAAAUAUAAGCAGCAUCUUGAAGAUAGAUAUAUGAAGUGUAAGCAAGAUAUGUCAACAGAGUAUGUACCAGCCCAAAAGAAGGCUGACCUGGAUGAGGAAAUGAUUGUGUUACUGAAACGCCGAGAUUUAGCCGAAAGUCUGAACAAAGACCUGCAGUUUCGCCAUCAAAGACUGCAGGUUAUUUCACACACACUUACUUCAUGGCUGAAGCAUAACAUGAGAAUCCCAUUUGAAGAUGUCUUGGAGAAAAUUCAGAAAACCAAAGCAGUCUUCGGUGAUGAAAGCAUUGUUGAUGAGCUGUUUGAAGAUGACCCAAGCAAAACGAAAGAAGCUAUAAUUAUUCUUUACUACAUCGAAAGGUUCAAUGAAUUAAUCUCCCUUGGCGAAUAUGAGAAGGCAGCUUGUUUUGCAGCAAACAGUCCAAGAAGAAUUCUUCAAAAUAUUGGUACAAUGAAUAAAUUUAAGGCUGUUGGAAAAAUUAGAGGAAAACCUCUCCCAUUACUCUUGUUUUUUGAGGCUAUAUUUAGCACGAGUCAGGCCUUCAAACGCCCUAUUAAUGCUGACCUAACCGUGGAGGGAAUCAAAUGUGGACUGUCUGAAAAACGGCUUGAUUUAGUUACCCAUUGGAUCACCCAGGAAAAGCUGACAUUUUCUGAGAAGGCUGGGGAUAUUGUUUUUGCUUAUGGGGAGCAGAACACAUACCACAAGCCUAACUGCUUGGCUUUAGCUCAGAUUAUCUACAACGAAUGUGGUUUACACAAGAAAGCUCUUCUUUGCCUGUGUAAACAGGGUCAGAUUCAUGAGGCUGUGGAACAGAUUCAACAGUUAAAGGACUUCACCUUUGAUGACCUGAUAAACCUAAUAACAGCGUGUCCCCAAACUGAGCUAGUUAAAUGUCUUACUCAAGAGAGGGAUGGAAAACCACCAUUUUUAUCUUUUGCGCUUGCUGUGCUUCAUCUGUUUUCUGUGGACAUGAAAAAGGUUGGCAUUAAGCUGCUUCAGGAGAUCAGUAAAGGCGGGAAAGAUGAAAUAGAGCAUCUUGUGAUGGACGAUCCAUUUUGCUCCUUAGAAAAAUGGCAAGAUAUGGCAAAUAUCUGUUUACAGAAUGGUUUUGAAAAUUUGUCUAGUGACAUCAUGGCCAUUCUUCGAUCCCAGGCUGGAGUUUCAGAAAUUUCUGAAGAUAAUUCCAUCAACUUAAUGGAACAUGUUUUUUGGUAGUUCUACGUUUUAUCCAGCUGAGAGCGCUUGUACAACAUUUUAUAGGCAUUGGCUGGGCAAACUGG